AUGAAAGACACCCAUACCGUAGCAACUACACCAUUCACAACAGUAGAAUAUUCAACGGCCGGGAUUCCAUGCUGCGAUAGCAAAAGAUCCGCCACCGCCGUGAUGCUCGCCUCGAGAGCCAUCGCUGAAGCUGGGACAGCUGCAUCAACAGCGAUGCCUUUUCUCUACCAGACCAAAACCCUUUCCAGCUGGGCAUGGACAGGAGCGAAACCUGUAUAUCGAGCCAGAUACCGAUCUGCUGUACUUCCAAGGCACUUGAGUUGCACAAUCCGAGCCCAAAAUACAGACGAGAGGACUACAACAGAGACCCCCGGUCCAGAUACACCUGCGUCCAGUUGCGGCCCUGCCAUUACUCCAGAUGCUCUCGAUACUCCACCGCCCUGCGAGGGACCCAGCAUCCGGAGAGUAAGAAUUGACACGGGCAUCGGACCUCGUUACAUUAGAGCAGACUUUCCAGUGCCAGACAAUCCUGAGCCUAAUCAGGGCUUCAAGAUCAAAAGAAAUGUCUAUCACAGACCCUCGGGCCUGAACUCGUCUCCGUCGCCGGGCAUUACUUUACCUACGAAACCGCGAUAUGCAUCGCUUUCAAGGCGCACGGUGGCCAACCAAUUUGACGCUGACAACUCGCCGAUCGAAUUCGACGAGGAACUGGAAGACGAAGAUAUAUUUUUAGGGAGCUCGGACGACAUUCAAGAUCUGACAAUGAAGCCCGAAUCGCCCAACUCGACAAUCACCGAAACCGAAAGAGCAGCCUUCCAGAAGAUAUUUUCGGACAUCUUCCAAAGAUCUCAGCGCUCUGGUUCUCCAGGAAUUGGAUCAGAUGGGUUCAAUGAUGCUUACAGCGCUUCGGGACGGGCUGAACAGCAUGACGAGGGUUCGAGUUUUGCAGUACCGAGCACUAUGAGCAAUAAACCGGUCUUAGAAAAUCAGCGGGAAGCGAGACUAAAGCUCGAGAAUAUUUUUGCGACUGCUAUGAAAACGAGUGUUCUGAGUCGAGAACAAAUGGAGGCAGCCAUCAAGAGGUACCCGUCUCCACUCAGAGCUGCAGCUGCGAAGGCCAUGGGUUACGUCGCGGAGGAGGACGAAGCAGAAGCAGGUGAGACUACUCGAAGAUUGCUGGAUACGGAGCAGCUGGAAACUCUCAGGGAGCCGGAGAGAGCUAGGGUGGAGGCUUUGAUGAUUUCUGCCAAGACCGAUUUUGAGUUGAUGGAAAUCAUGGAGAAGGAGGUAUUCUCAUUGAUUGCGAAGUUGGGACUGGCCGAUGCUCCAAAAUCGGGGGUGAAGCCGUCACAAGAAGACUCGCCGACCAAGGCAAAAAGGGUAAAAGGGUGGAAGAAGGCGGAGCUGAGAGCAAAAAGAGAGCAGAAUCAGGCCCCGGCGCCCAAGCAAACUGAUGGACUAUCAGAAGGGGUAAGAGAAGAUCCGAUAGAGGAUUCAGCGGUCGAAUCUACUAUCCCGGCUGUUCCUAAAGGACCAUUAGAUGGUGUUUCCCCCCUCGCCCUCUAUGGCCCUCUCUACCCAUCCUACCUCCUUUUCGGCCUCCGCCUCCUGGACCGAUCCUUCGCUAAGCCAUCACCCCUUGCCCUCUCCAUACUCCCCAAAAUCAAAUCCCUAGGUUUCAUCUCGCACGUCCUAGGCGCAAGCACCCAACUCUACAAUGAGCUCCUCCGCAUCUACCGCUACCGAUACGACGAUUUCCGCGGCAUUCUUGAUCUUCUUGGUGAAAUGGAGGAUGCUGCUCUGGAUUUCGACGAAGAUACGUACAAGAUCGUGCGUGAUAUCGUAAAGCUGCAGACCUCGAUUCUCCGUGGCGAGAAAGGGACUGCAUUGUUCUCUCUAUGGAGAAUGCCGGAGUUUGAACGCCACCGAUUUCCAAAAUGGCAUGCGAAGAUUCGCGAGGCUGUCCGUGAGAAGGAGAGACGACCCAGGAUUUAA